ACUCGCGGAGUUCACUACGCCGCCGUCGUGUAACUGCCUCGGACGUUCCUCUUUAAAAAAAAAUGCUCAACGAACCGAUCGGCGACGUUCACCACCUGUUGUGAAACUUACUUAUUCCUUUAGCUCAGUAUUUUGUGAAGUACUCAAAGAUGUGGUCAUUAGUUACUCUGUGCGUGUUUUAUGUCAGCCUCAGCGCUGCCAGUGAUGAUUAUAAAGUUUUCCGAAAAUGCUGUCCUAUGAAACAAAGUCUUAUAAAACUAUCGGGAUACGGUAUUGUAUCAACAGAUUCAUAUAAAUGUAUGAACAGUGUCUAUGAAAUAAGUGAUAACAAUGUUACAAAUCCAAACUCCCAUCUUAUUGUGGACCCCGGUGUGCUUGUGGAAUAUGGUGUACCAAAUGAUUGUGACUUACAAAUGGUUCAGUUGAAUGAAAUUAUACAAUUGUCGACGAAUAGAGACGUAUGCUAUGAUAGAUUUGUUGCAGAAAUUAAUAAUGGUACAGUUGAAAAAGUAAUACCAAAAACUGUGGCAUUAGUAUGUAAUGGCACUGAAGUCUCGCCGGAAACAAAGUUAGAAAUACAAAAUGUCCGUAAAUGCUGCCCAAGGGGGCAAGUUUAUGAUACAGAAUACCACCUGUGUAGGGGUGAUAGCGAAUUUGGCAACGAAGAAUGGAUCAUAAAACAAUUGGAAAUAAAACACACUGAUAUUGUUGAAUUUGAAAAUGGGUUGCAUUGUAAAUUAGAAGAAUAUGCCGUAGAGCUCAAGGAGGGAUUUUUCCGCUUAGAAUUGAACGGAGAUACUCUCACCGUUCGUAAAAGAAGUGGGGAUAAGGAGAUUUUAGUGCCUAAAGGGAAUUGGUGUGUAGACCAGGAGUAUACAAGCCAUCAACUGGUAGCUCGGGCUUGCACACUCGAUUGUAGUGCAUUCGACGCUUUCUGCAUGAGGAAGUGUUGUCCUGUAGGAGAACACUUCCAACCUUUUAGGUGCGGUCGGCCAGCUAGCAUGUGCGUACCUAAUACUGAUGACAGCAUAUUAUUCAACAUAUCUUCCUACAUGGAACCAUUAAAGACCGAAUAUGGCAUCGGAGAUAUCAUGGGUAUCCGUUCAGAAGUACAAUGCAAAGCUGGAAAAAUAGCAUUAAACUCUUCCCAAGCUGAAGACCGGCAUACGCUAACAAAAGAAGGCUGGCUUCUCUCACCUCUAUCUUUGACUAACGAUUACUGCUUGGAGGCUUUCGACUCUCGAUCCUGCAACGAUGAGGUCUACGUCACCGCAGUCCUAUGUUUCGUCAAACCACCUGUCGUCAAAGAUUUCAGAAUAUCCUUUGUGCUCAUUUCAAUAUCAGCGGCUUGUUUGGCGUUGACCUUGAUGGUGUACUGCUCUAUACCCGAGUUGCGGAACCUGCAUGGGCUCACGUUGAUCUGCCACGUCAGCACCAUGCUGCUCGCAUACUCUUGUCUUGCACGUGUACAAUACAAUCACGUGAAAAAUGAAAAUCUCUGCGUAGCAUUAGGGUAUGGCAUCUACUUUGGUUUCGUGGCUGCCUUCGCUUGGUUGAACGUCAUGUGCCUCGACAUCUGGUGGACAUUUGGGAGCGUGCGGACGGUGCAGGCCCAUCAUAAGAGUAGCGCAAGUCGUAGGAGGUUCUUCUUUUAUUCCUUAUAUGCUUGGGGAGCUUCUGUAACUCUCACCCUGAUCACCUAUUUGCUGGAUAGAUUCCCUUUGACGCCAGUCCUAGAUGCCAACAUGGGCCACUCUAUGUGUUGGUUUGGUUCAACUCAAAAUUCUGCUACGGAUUGGCCGCAUUAUAUAUUCUUCGUUAUACCAAUGGGUCUGGUGUCGGGUGUCAAUUUCGUCCUGUGGGCAUUGACGGCACGACAUUGCUCUCGUGUUAAAUCCGAAGUUCAUCGUCUGCAGGCUGGCUCAGUCGGUGAUCGUGCAAAGCGUCGGUUCCGUAUCGAUAAGGCCAAUUUAACGUUGACUGGAAAAUUAUGGGUGGUGAUGGGUGCUGGUUGGAUUUCGGAACUGAUCUCUACAUUGCUCAUGAAUCCUGAAAAGAAUGUCCACUGGAUCAUGACCAUUGUUGAUAUGGUUAAUGAGCUUCAAGGAGUUUUGAUAUUCAUCAUACUGAUCUUCAAACCGAAGCUCUAUUAUCUAAUCAGGAAACGACUCGGUUGCUCAAGGACGUCUACUGUCACAAGGUUGGAGAAACCGGAUGCUCGGAAGAACAGCGCUUCUUCGUCAGCUCGCACCUCAUCUACUUUCCUCUCACGCACCAUCAGUACAGAUGAGCGCACCAACAAACGAGUCUCUAUGCCACACGACAAUUCUAAAGUCCAGUGAGCAGAUUGAAUUUAUACGAAACCACGUGAUAUGGAAAAAAAAUGUAAUUUGAAUUUACUUUAUACCUUCACUUUAUUUUUUCGGUCAUAUUAUAAUUAAAGAGAUCUAGGAUUUGUAUUGUACUUAAAGUACAAUGAAUGUCGUGUUUUUCAUUUUUGUGUCAGUGAAACUACAUUAAGAUGUAAGCAUGUUAUCCGAGUAGAAUAAGAUGUAGAAAACUAUUUAACAAUUAUUUUAAGUUGCCUGAUAAGGCUUUUGGCAUUUAUAUGCAUUUUUAGGCUAUGAACGUGAAGUAUUUUUUUGUAUAUGCAAAAUAUGUUUAUGAAAUUAGGUAUUUUAAUGUUACAUAUACUUUUUUACUUAUUUCGUAAAAUAAGUAACUCAAAACGGAUAAUGUUGAUCAAACUCGCAUAAGCCGUGGUAUUUUAGGAGGCAUAACGUAUUGAAAUCUAGCUUUGUGAGCAUUUGUUCAACACUAUACAUAUUUUGAAGCCUGUAAUAAUAAAAUAUAGCCUAUAAAAAGUCGAAAUUGGGUUUACACCCAUACAAUAUAUAAGAUCUGUUCUAGUCAUAGUUUAAGAAGUACGAAGGUGCACAAUUAAUAACAUUAAAUUUUAAAUCUUUUUUUUUAAAUUGAAAAGCUUGAACUGUGACAAUUUAUUUUUAAUGUAACUCUAUUAUCGAGUUUUUCAUUAACUUUUGAAAAGAUUUUCGAACUGUUUUGUUAGAAAGAUAACGCUAUGAUAAUACAUAUAUGAAGUACACUAUUGGGUUUUCGUAGUGAAUUUAUUUUUAAAUAGCGAUAUGAUAUAAAGGGAAUAAAUAGUAAGUAAGUAUAUGAAUAAAGAACUAUGCUAUCAAAGAUGUAUGGUCUUCCUUUUCGCGUUAGGUCGUGUCAAGACGUCUGUAUAUGAGAUGGCAGAAGAAUUAUUUUAAUCUGAAUAUCAGAACAAUAUUUUAUUCAAUUAAGUCAGAAAGUAUUAGUAUUGGUUGAUAUCUAAAGAUUUCCCCGACGUUGGUUUGAUAGUAAUAUCGAAAACUGAUAUUUAUCUUGUAUAUAGAAAUCAUUAUAAUUUGUCUGUUGCAAUGAAUGUGUCAUCCAUUCACAUACCCUAGAUCUAAAAUUGUAUUGAAAUCAAAAUGUGUGGGCAAAGUAAAGCCAAGGACGGAUAAUGAAUGAUAUAAGUAUCCAUUUAUUUUUUAAUGAGUUACGAACUAUGCAAUAUACCUUUCGCCUGACAUUACCGGGAUACCCUAAGCAUGAUUUCUCUACUAAUAUGGUCUUCCUUCGCAGACGUGACGAAGAAGUUGACUAAUUGUGAUUUUUUUAUCUACAGAGUGUUUUUUUAAUUUUGUUUUCGCCAAAAUCAUUGAUAACUUAAUGUUCAUUUAUAAACAAACGUUUUGUUUGAUAGAAUUGAUUAGAAGAUAUUUUGUUGAUUUAAUAACAAAAUUGAUAAGUCCUUCUUUAUAAAAAAAAAUCUCAAAGAUAACUCGUUAUAUAUAAUUUAUUCUUCAUAAAUGUUAAUUAAGUAUUGCUUGAAGUAGCUUUCGAAAAAUAUACCUAUUAAUUUUUGCUUGUGAAGGUAUUAUUUUUAAGGAAAUUGAAUAAAUAUCUCCAUUCCAAUGAAAUUU